AUGGAGACUUCUCUGAGGUAUACGUGCAAUUCAAAGUCUUUGAAAAUCCAUGCGAAGGAGAAGCUUCCCGUGAAUUCGAGAACCCAUUUGCAGCUUCAUGGAGAGCUAGAUACUGGAACCGGAGCACCGAGUUACUUCUGUGCGAUGAUUAGACACUUAUUCCCUGAGGCAGCAACAGGCCUAGGAGUUGGAUUCCGUUAUGAUAAGCGCCAAAAGCUUCGGUGUCAUGUGCGUGGUAAAAAAGAGUUUCCUGUGAGAGAUGAUAAGAGUGUCACCUUCAAUGUGAAAGGCCGGUGUGAUUUUGAUCAAGACUUCAAUCAGAGGAACCCUAUAGGAGCUGCAGAAUUUGCCUGGAACAUAAUGAAUUUUAAGGAAGAUCAGGAUGUAAGGAUCAAAGUUGGCUACGAAAUGUUUGAUAAGGUUCCUUAUAUGCAGAUUAGAGAAAACAAUUGGACUCUUAACGCCAACAUGAAGGGAAAAUGGAACUUGAAGUUUGACCUGUAACUGCAUUUUUAAUAUUCAUCAUCAUCGUCUUGAGAAGUGUAUUAGUACUACUAUGGAUAAAGCACACUUUGAUUCUAUCCAUUAAUCAAAUUCAUAGAUCUUCCAAAUCAUCUC